AAAAAGAAAGUAAUUAUAAUUAUUAUUAUGAAGCAUUUAGUGAACUUGAGAGAUUUGAAUUGAAGUUUGAUAAUGAUGAUGAAGAGAAAUGGACGUUUAAUUCUGAAUAUAAGUCACAAAUUUGUAGUCAACUUGCUACCUACACUCGAUCUCUUUCGCAUAUUACAAUUUCGAUUGAUCCUUUUCGACGGUCUCCACCUCCUCCGCUUAUAGUUUGCCGACCGAUAUUCGAAUUAAUUAGCUCGCAGGACAAGCUAAAAUUUUUAGAUAUAGAAGAAUUUUGGGAUGAAUUUAAAUACACGGAUGAAUUCUAUUCCUCUCUUCAAAGUCAAGCACACUCGAUUACUCAUCUCACUUUAACAAAUUUAACCGAAUUUGAUUUAUUGUUAUCAGUGUUAGUUAGUUGCGUCAAUUUACAAACUUUAGAAUUUUUAAUGGUACCUGAGCCAAACAUGGAAUCUUUUGAUUAUAUUACAAACCCACGAAAACCACUAAGUGUUAAAAAAUUAAUUUCAUAUGAUGCGAGAAGUGAACCUCAAUUAGUUACACAAUCCUUAGGAAUUAUAAUCAAGAUGGCAAAUAGAAAUUUAAGAGCUUUAAUGCUAUUUGAAGUGACAUCUGAACUUAUAGAUAUAAUUGGUCAAAAUUGUCCUAAUCUUGUGGAUUUAUAUUUAACAAUGUCAACAUCUUCCAUCUCACAUUUGCUACCUUUUCUUCCUUCUCUACCGUUGGAAUAUUUAUUUUUAUGGGAGGAUCACAGCAUGCCUUUUACUCUUGAUUUCGUUCUUCAAAUAGCAAGAUCUAUUCCCGUAACUUUGCAAAAUUUAGAAAUUACUUUUGAUAUGGCUCCUGAAAUUAUGUAUAAUUUUCUUUGGGAGUGUCCUGCAAAAUUUAGAGAAUUGGUAUUAAGAGUUGAUGGUUGUGAUGAUGAAUUCUUAGAGAUUGUUACUAUGUAUGCUAAGAAGAGUGGUGGAUAUUUAAGAACAUUGAAACUUUGGGGAUUGGGAAUUAAGUUUUCUGUUGAAGCUGUUGAAGAAGCCACGAAAGUUAUUCCCAGAAUCGUUAAUUUGGCAUCUUAUCCUCUUUGGUAG